GUUGCAUUAUCUUAAACGUCACGAAAGGCGAAGGCCAAGACAAAUGUCAAAUGUGGUGGUUUGUGUUGAGAAGUUAUGUUUUUUAAGUUUCUCCCCGUAAAAAUUGAAAAUUUCUUUAAAACGCGGUGGAUUAAACCCCUCUUAACUGUCCUCCACUUUUAGUGUCUUAAAUAUUGACGAAGAGGUUGUAGAAAUGUGUUAAAAAUGUAACAAAGUGUUCAUAACGGUACCAGUAGAUCUUGUUUUAUUGAACCCAAAUCUGGUAUUUCCGAAAGGAUGAAAUAAAUUAAAUUAAGAACAACCGGUUCCGUACGUCUACACGAAAUAAAUUAAUGCUAAAUAGAAUUUGAAUAUUUAGAUAAGGAUCAUUGUAGAGCAUUAAAAGAUGGAUAACCAAAAGUUAGAAGUUACUUUCUUGUUCCAAUUUGGGCUCAUAAGGGACACUAUUACUGUCCCACAGGCUUCUCUGAAUCUCAAAACUGUUAAGAAUCUCGCAGUUAGCUUCCUUAAUUCUAAGAUUCCAGAUCAUGGUGUUAAUAGAAUAGAAGAUCGUAUAUUGUUGUUUCGCCAUGCUUACAGCUCGAACAAUAUUUUACAGUUGAUCAAUUCGGCUUUAGAAAUCUCAGAUGAAACACUUAUAGAAAUAGUUUUAACAGCCAAAGAAAUAUCAGGUCCCCAUGUUCCAGAAAUUACUAUAGUUAGACCUCAUGCCUUGUCCGUGCAUUCAUACAAGGCACCGACGUUUUGCGAUUUCUGUGGGGAGAUGCUGUUUGGGCUGGUCAGACAAGGGCUCAAAUGUGACGGUUGUGGUCAAAACUACCAUAAGCGAUGUGUCAUCAAAGUCCCGAAUAACUGUUCGUACAAUUUGUUGGACGAAAACGAGAAACAAAGACGUAGGUCAACGUCAGCGAACCUGCAAGUGCCCCGCAGUCCAUCGGGAGGCUCGAAUACAUCACUGGCUUCGGCGAGUUCCACGCAAACCGAGGACAGUGGCUUGUUUCAGAGCAACAACCGAUCCCCUUCGUUGGGAGGUCGGCCGGUAUGGGUCGAAAAAGAAAUGUCUUCGAGGGUCAAAAUCCCGCACACGUUCGUCCUACACACGUACACCAGACCUACAGUAUGUCAAUAUUGUAAAAAACUACUCAAAGGGUUGUUCAAACAAGGAUUGCAAUGCAAGGAUUGUAAUUACAACGCGCACAAGAAAUGUCUUCAGAAAGUACCGAAAGAUUGUACCGGAGAGCUUCCACGUGAUGCUUCAGGCAAUUUCGAACACUCCAGUAGUUGUGCUAGUAUCGAUAGUCACUUUAAUUCUGCCUUAGAUGAGGAUUCGGAGACUACAAAAGAGUCUUCUGUGUCUUUAAAUAACGAUAAUGAUAGCAACAAAUAUAUUGAAGUGAUACCGGUACACGAUGAUGACGACAACGACCUAACGCCAUCCAGUUCUUCUUCUUCUCCAAGUGCCAACAUUCCUUUACAACGAAUAGUUCAAUCAGUAAAACACACCAAACGAAGAGGUUCCAAAGUGAUCAAAGAGGGAUGGUUAGUGCACUUUACGAAUAAAGACAAAACGGUGAGACGUCACUUCUGGAGGCUAGACACAAAGUCCAUAGUUCUUUUUCAAAGCGAACAAAGUUCCAAGUAUUACAAGGAGAUUCCCUUAUCAGAAAUCUUAACUAUCGACACAGCGCGCAUCAAACAAGGAGAGUACAUGCAUUGUUUCGAGAUCAGAACGGCCAAUAUAGAUUAUUUUGUCGGACAAGACCCUUUGUUUAAUCUCCAAGACGGGAAUCUGGUCAAUUUGCCCCCUCCAGAUAGUGGUGUUGGUGCUUAUCUUGCCAAAAGUUGGGAAAGUUCGAUUCGGCAAGCCAUUGUGCCUGUGCAAGCUAAUCAAAAACACGAAGAGACUUCUGCCAGUGAAGAACAAAUCACUGAUAUGAGUCAGUUGUACCAAAUCUAUCCAGACGAAGUUCUUGGUUCGGGUCAAUUUGGAAUAGUCUAUGGAGGAGCCCAUCGAAGAACAACUAGAGCAGUAGCUAUUAAAGUUAUCGACAAAUUAAGGUUCCCGACUAAACAGGAAGCCCAAUUAAAGAACGAAGUCGCAAUUCUACAGAAUUUGUCCCAUCCUGGCGUUGUUAAUUUGGAGCGAAUGUUCGAAACCCCAGAGAGAAUUUUCGUGGUGAUGGAGAAACUCAAAGGUGAUAUGUUAGAGAUGAUUUUAUCCCAUGACAAAGGUAGACUGACUGAGAGGGUCACUAAAUUUAUUAUAACACAAAUACUUAUAGCUUUGAAGCACUUACAUAGUAAGAAUAUUGUGCACUGUGAUUUAAAACCCGAAAACGUACUGCUAAGUUCCGAUGCCGAAUUUCCCCAAGUGAAACUGUGCGAUUUCGGUUUCGCUAGGAUCAUUGGAGAGAAAUCGUUCCGUAGAUCUGUAGUUGGUACACCUGCUUACUUAGCUCCAGAAGUUCUUCGCAACAAAGGCUACAAUAGGUCUUUAGACAUGUGGAGUGUAGGCGUUAUAGUCUACGUCAGUUUAAGCGGCACAUUUCCAUUUAAUGAAGACGAAGACAUAAACGAACAGAUUCAAAACGCUGCAUUCAUGUACCCACCGAACCCCUGGAAGGAAAUUUCUUCUGAUGCUAUUAAUUUAAUAAACAACCUCCUGCAAGUUAAACAGAGAAAAAGAUACACAGUGGAUAAAUCUUUAAGCCACAUCUGGCUGCAGGACUACCAGACUUGGUGUGAUCUUCGAACGCUAGAAAACCAAGUAGGAGUGAGAUAUUUGACCCACGAGUCCGACGAUCAAAGGUGGGAGCAGUAUAGGGCCGAAGUAUGACCCGAAAAAGGAUGGUUACAUAGCUUUAAAAAGUGCCUUCGAAGUAUGCGCACUUGAACACAGAACACAAACCUCUAACAAGAAGAAGAAUAUCGAUGAUUUCUUCGGUUAAGAUUUUUCAAGUUGUCUAAUUAAUUGUUAAAUUACAUUGGCGAGAAAAAAAGAGAAGUCACUGUGAAAACGAUUUGAAAGUCUACAUUUUGCUUACUACUUUAACUUUCAUUAACUGCACAUUCUUGAACAUUUCUUGAAACUUAUACGACAGUUGCCUUUUUAGUUUUGCAUAUAGCCAUAAAGACAGAAAGUAUAUAGACUUAAACUACUUUAUUGCUUUUCAAAAUAUGUUUCACCAAGAUCAAUACACUUUUACAUACGUUCAAAUCAAUUGGUAAAACAGUUAUUCCAGUCUUUAGUUGACACCUGCAAAGUCGCUGUUUUAGAGGCAUCAAUGGCUUCUUCUGGCCACAGGAAUCGCUGCCCACACAUUGAAUUCGUGAUCUUUGGGAACGUGAAGCAAUCGUUGGGACUCUGGUCGGGACUAUACAAUUAGGGAUGAUUUUAGGGUCGGGGCUUAGGGAUGGUUUAACAAUUCAAUGUUUUGAAGCUCCAGAAACUCUAUUGUCUUUUGGGAUGUGUGAGCAUUUGAGUUGUCCCGUAGGAUAAUUCGCCGUUGUAUGUUGCUUUUGUGGAAGUUUCGCGAUAACUUCUGAUAAACAAACGGGUAUAUACCAAAUAGAAGUAACCGCUCUUCGAUCUUCUUUCUAAAGCCACUGUUGUCUCAUGACCAGAUUUUGACACAAAAGUUGCGACCAUUUCCUUUGGCGCACUUCGAGAACGGAUCACUUUUUUGUUUUUUCCUCAUCGUGAAACACCCACACAACGGAUUAUCGUUUAUUUUCCGGUUUGUAGAAGUAAAUCCAAGAUUCAUCGCCACUAAUAAUACUAUAAACGUUUUUUGAGCUUCCUUUGUUGAACCGUUCCGAUGUUUUUCGACACCAAUUAACGCGAACCACUUUUUACUCUUCUGUAAGCAAAUGAGGGAUCCAACGGGAAACCAACUUCGUAACACUGAGUUCUUCAUAUAAGAUCUUUUGAAUCGAGGUCUUUGAAAUGCCCAAAGAUGCCUGUUUGACCCACGAUUAGUUUAGCGUGAGUAUACGUUGCUAUAAAAUAUUACUUUAGCAAAUUAAAAUAAUAUACGACGACACUUUUCGAUAUAACUCUUUAUUGAUUACUAUACGUGUUUACAGAUCUAAUUUUCGCUCGCUACUGAAUCCUACUAAAAUUACAAAACUACUCUCGACCAGAAAUCCCUGGUGGUGGGGAAAACAAAAAUGUCUAUAUCUGUUCUACAAAAUUUCACUUUGGAAAAAACGUAAUUACAAAACCGUUGAAAACCGUUUAUCACUGUCCUUCUCAGAAGGGGACAAUAACCGCUUGGCUCGCCUAACUUUCCAAAUACCUACUUUCUAAAGAGGAUUAUGAUACCAAUGACAAAUGUUACCCAGAAAUAUAGGUAAGAAUGAAUGUAUUUUAAUCUUUUAAGAGAUUUUUGGAAAAUAAUUUACCCAAACUUUAUGAAUGGUCUGAUAUGAAUUUACAUCGUAAAAUAAAAUCGAAAAAACUAAAAUUAACUAAACUAUAAGCAGACGGAACAAUGCCUCUAUCUUUCGGUAUGUUACACGCGGUUGUCCGUAAUUAGCUGCCGUAGUUUGACUACUGUUUUGGGUGGACCUGUCCUGGAUUCGUCGCUGGUAAUAAAGCGAUCAUGUUGAAAUUCGCAAUACCAGCGGGAAAUAGUUGACUGGUUUCAUUCACAAACACAGAAACCAUUUCAGCGAGACAUUGCUGUUGGAAAAAUUGUAUAAAAUUAUUGCUCAAAAAGGUUCUCGGCUAAGUACCAUUUUUCGAUCGAUUUGCUAAUUUCAAAAAUUCACUGUAUCUACACGACUUGUUGUAUCGCAAUGAAACUCUGGAUUUAUGUCAACAAAAUAUUGAGGUUACAUUUGAGUCAUAAAGUUUUAUUGGUGGCGUCCUCUAAGCGGUUAUAUGCAAAACUAAAAAGACAAACCUCGAUGUCUUAUGAAAUUUAGUCUCAACUCAGCCCAUACCGGUGGUCCAUUUCGAUGUUCUUUGAUGACUACAUUUUUCUUGAUACUAUUUCCACUUCUGUACAUUCUUGAACAGUUCUUGGAGCUGAUAUAUAUCUCUUAGGAAAUUUAGUCCCAACUCAACCCAUACCUCUGGUCCAUUUCGAUAUACUUUGAUAACUUUCUCUACGUCAGUUCUUUCAUUCUCUUGCACAAAGAGACAUAGACUUCAUCACAGGCAUAAAAUUAUAUUACAUAACUUCCAUGCUGUACCUGUGAACUGUCAGGUAGUAAUUUUGCAGGAAGAUCAAGUCUAUGUCAGGUUCUCAAAAGACUUUUGUCCAAAUUAAACUGAUUUAUCUUUUAAAUAGAAGUCACUUUUCUCCAGUCUCGUUAUACAUAUUGUUACAUUUCUCUAUAAAAUAACUUUCUUUGAAUAACAACAAUAUUACAAUACUUUAACUCAAUGACAACUAUCAAAUUCAAAAACUGAAUUUAUAUACAUUUUCAGACAUUUCGGGAUUUUUCGAUGAUGAAUAUUAGGACAUGAUGAUAACGAGCGAUCCAAAAUUAUUGGGAUCAAAGCAAUCCGUGCAAAAAAUUACGUAUGUAUUGUUUUAAUCUGAAAGACAGCCGGAGUGUGACGUCACAGCCAACUGCGGCUAUAUUCAGUGUUGUUAUGAUCACUUUCACUUUCCAAAUAAAGAAUAAAGAUUGAAAACACGUUGAAAAGAUACCCAUCUCAAGACCUUUUAAUUCGUAUAAAGCUAAAAUUUUGCUUCCUCUGCUACUUUUUAUGUUCAAUUAUAGUGUUUUUUAAGUUGACGUACGUACACUGACAAGUAUCUGUCAAAGUUGACGUAAACUAGAAAGUAUAUCUGAAUUAAUAAUAGACAUGCACUGUAUAGCUAUCUCUGUCGUUCAGAGCCACCUAUGGUGACAAUAAUUUUGGAUCAUGUUAUCUCGAAUAUUCUAGAAUUUUAAAACUUCUUCUUUUUCGUCAAGGGACUUUUUCUAUACGGGAUAAAUCUUAAGGAACUGUCGCAAUUCUGCUCCUUCCUUUAUAGUUAAUCGUCUCGAAUAAUUGAACUAUCAGGGACCAACUGAAGUCAACAGGAUGGAUCAAUUCCAUGAUAUGGAGCUAAUCUCUCGAUAUGAACUACUUUGGGUUUACCUCUAGCUGAAAACUGGAUGAAAAAGAUUGGAUCAGUUGCUUCUCGAUUAGGAAGGGGUGCAAUUUCAGGCCAUUUUGAAAAAUAAUCCAUUUCUACCAUUAAGUACUUGUUUCCUCUUUUUGCCAUCAGAAGUAGACCGAGAAUAUCUACUGCAAGUCGUUUAAAAGGCUUUCCAGAAAUAUACUGUCCCAUUUUGCCACGUCUUCUUGUACUCGUGCCUUUUCUACCGUUACAUAAACCGCGUUUCUUGCACCAAUCCAUCCAUUGGGCGACAAUCCAUCCAAAAAAAUCUGUCUCGAACUCUGACCAGUGUAUUUUUCACUCCGAAAUGUCCUCCAGAAAGACUGCUAUGCAGUUCUUUAAAGGGUUUAAUUAUUACCUUUUGCAUAAUUGGACAUAGGUAAAUAUUUUAGGACCACACGCAUAUGUCCCAAAGCAGCGAGUCCUUCGAUAUUAACAAACUAGUGAACUUUUAGAGCGACUGGUUCUGAGAAUUUAUUUGGUCUGGUUUUAUAGUUACUAAUUAGGGUUGUGCACACGAGAAAUAAAAGUGAUAAGCGACAAAAACAUUUAUUAACAACAACGAGUUUGACAAAUAAGCGGCUUAACGAUAAAUUGUCUUAGUAGCGAAAGAGAGAGAAAGAGUCUAUUAUACAAAUUUUCGUGUCGACAAUUAGCGAGAGGGGUAAUUAUUGCGAGAGCGUAUCGUAUUUUCACAACGAAAAGAGGAGCACACACUUAACACCUCGCCUUAGAGAGGCUGGUGAUAGACUGCUCAGUUUUUAUUCUAAAACUGCAAUAUUUUGUUUAAGGGUAAGAAUGUCACUUAACAACAGCGUAUCCAUGGCAUCCACGCAUGUUUAUACCCUUGCGACCACCGAAGACGCCAAAGCAGCAACCAUAUGUCCGUUAUCUUUUGUGCCCUAACACAACACUAACACUCAAGUUUUCAGAGAAUUAAAUAUUUCAAACACAAUAGAUUGUCCCAACAGAUUUAUAAGAGAGAUUUACAUAAAUGCGAAAUAAUUUAACUGUUGUUUUCACAACACCCACUUCCGACAUAAUAGACCUUUUGAAAGAUACAGAGAUUCCCAUUGUGCUCAGUACGUCUUUAUAGUUCUGUGUAUUUGACUAUUUCCUGACAAAUAUGUCUUACUCCAUUUUAACUUUUAACCCAUUCUUGUAUGACUUUUAAGACUCUUUCAUCCGCACUUUUAAUGUGCCACACGUGAUAAGUCCUUUGUUGAUCUAUAAGUUCCUGCUUAUACAGUGACUUCAAAUUAGCAAAUGUAAACUACUUAGACCAUCACUUCAGAUUGAAAUAAAUCUUUUACUCGUCAUUGUAUCUACACUGGAUUUUGGUUAUGCUAGAGGAAAACCAUUUUUAAAAUAAUUGUGCCAAUAGUAACAAAGCUAGUACCUCAAACACAGUUUCAGAAUUACUUCCAGUUAAAAAAGUUUAUAACUGUUGAUAGUAUUUUUAUAGGAAAUUUACAUUUUUCGUUUUAUAGUAAAACGAAGUCUAAUACUGGUAGUUGAAGUGACUGCUAUGUUUAUUGAAAAAAUUAGAAGAGUAUCUAAUAUUUCACAUUGCUUAUUGAUCUUUUGCUUUAUACAAGCUUUGUCUCGAAUAUCAUGUGAUAACUACUCUUAACUAACUGAACUUUUCAAUAAAAAUGUAAACUGACGAGAUAAUUUUGUUAAAAACCUUGCCAAACAAAUUGUCACCACUCAUAAUUAUAUGAAUAAUUAGACUAAUUACAUUAGAACAUAAAAGUAGACCAUUUAAGUACAACAGAAGAAACGUAAGACAUCACACAACGUUUCUUUUUUUUUUCUUGAAACUUUCAUAAUUACAGUUGAGUCCUCGUACUUUACCCGUGCGUUAUUAAUACAUGGCGAGAUAAAACACAUACUUGUUAUCUAGCAUCAUUGUCUUCCACGCAUGAAACUCAAGACAAACCAGCUACCGCCGGUUAUUAAGUAAAGACACAUGUUAUUUUUAUAAACGCUCUAGUCUAGACCAAGUACAUCGAAAAUAGAUGGGUACAAAAAAGACGCUUAGGAAUGUUUUCAGAUCUUAAGUACAAUUUGUUACGUUUCUAUAAAGUUUGUUUACUUGUGGCUGUCAGUUUGUUAGAUUUUUUGCGGUUUGAAAUUUUAUGGUAAGUGCAUUUUAUUUUGCCAUUUACAUACAAAUUUAACAUCAUUCAUACAGUUAAGGAAUGGUUUUGUUUAAGUUUCCGCAAAAGUGAAAGAAAUGACAAUUAUAUUUUUUUUUAUAAAUUAGCCACUAAUGAUAUUAAAAUAAUUAAGCUACCGUAAAAUGGGGUGGAUAGGAACAAAACUUCACUAAACAAUUACAAUAAUCUUCCUUAACAUAUAUAUUACUUUCGUUGGGCUAUUUAAUUUUUUUCAAGUUGGCUAACGUGAUAUGGCUUUAGGAAAUUUAGGUUUGUGUUGUUGGCGUCAUUAGUUCCUAUGUUCUAGGCGUGCAAACAAAGUCGUUCAUUUUGAGGAUAUUUCUCAUCCUAAAAAACUUUCUCAGUAAGUACAAAAUGUCGAUCUGUCAAAAUAGAUUGAAGAGUAUUGUUUUUUUGUUUAUUCUAACCGUUACAACAAUAUAACAUGAUGAUACUUUGAUUUAUCUGUUAACUUUUUUUGUUAACAACAAUUAUUACUGUUCACGUCAUGAAUUUGAGAAAUGGGGGGUGGAUAGGAACAUAAUAUUUACCGUGUUGCCCUUCACCCCACAUAUUAGAAAUUACUUUUUUAUCUAAUAUCUCCAUAGAGUAAGUCCAAAUGAAACAAUAUCUCAUCUAACAACAAAUUAUAAAUAUUAUAUUGAUUAUAUUGAUGCCUUGCAAAACGUGUUUCUAGCAGUUAGCUAUCGUCUCCAAUCCAAAACAAACUUCUACCAGGGUUCUCAACCACGCGUGGUAUUAAUGAACACAAUGUUUCCAAUUAUUAUGGGCACUAAUUAUCAGCAUCCGGCUCGAAGGACCAAAUGUGGAUUCCCAAAAUUUGAAAUAAAUAUUUAUACGGUUUUCUGCAAUCAUCAAAACUGCUGUCCAAAAAGUUUAAAUGUACGUCAAAACGCAACAAGUCCCAUGAAGAUUAUGUGGCGCAAAAUAGUUGAGGAAUGAAAAACAGGACGAGGCAGGAAUGAAUCCACAAUAGCUAAAGACAAGUUUCCUAGACUAUGGGAGCGUUCAAGUAUUACGUAACGCAAUUUUUGAAGAUUUUUGACCCCCCUCCCCCCCCAUGUAACGCACCGUAACGUUUUUCUGUACCCCCUCCCCCUACCUAAGGUACCUAAACGUUACGUAACAACCAAGUGGCCAUUUGAACCUAAAUGGAAAACGAGGCUGCGAAAAGUACCGGAAACUCGGUAAAAGAACUUUAUUAUUUUAAUGGCAUUUGAGGUAAUAAUAAAAACUUACAAUCAUCAUUCAGUCUUAAAUGUCCACUGCUGAACAUAGGCCUCCUCCACUCGUUUCCAACCACGUCUAUCCUGCGCCGCUCUCAGUUUUUAUUUAGCUUUCUUAAGUCGUCAGUCCAUCUUGUAGGCGGUCGACCGACGUUUCUCUUGUCUUCGCUUGACCUCCAUUCCAAUAACCUUUUUGUCCAUCGCCCAUCUGUCAUUCUGGCAAUGUGUCCUGCCCAUCUCCACUUCAACCUGGCUAGCCUUUCGAUGACGUCAGUCACCUUUGUUCUUCUCCUGAUUUCUUCGUUUUUGAUUUUGUCUUGCAGAGUUAUUCCUAACAUUGAGCACUCCAUUCUUCUCUGCGUUACUCUUAGUUUGGUAGCCGAGGCUUUAGUUAAGGUAAGUGUUUCUGAUCCGUACGUCAAGACUGGGAGGACGUACUGAUCAAAUACCUUUCUCUUUAGGCAUGUGGGCAACUCACUUUUAAAAGUUUCUCUCAGUUUUCCAAAUGCUGCCCACCCAAGAACGAUUCUUCUAUUUAGUUCAUGUGUCUGGUUAUCCCUGCGACUCGUAAUUUCAUGUCCCAUGACAUGAAAUAUGUUCAAAACUUACAGUAAUAAUCUUUUAUUAUUAAUUUUACAUUUACAUUUUCCCUACUUGGCCCCAUCCUUACACACAUUUUUGGUUUCAUUCUUUAUUGUUCUUCUCAUGCAUUCUUCUAUUUUAUCUAUUUUAAUAAAAGCUUAAAAUAAAAUAACAUAUUUAUUAUUUCAACAUUUUAUUUUGCUUAGUAAAAAUUUUUGUAUAACGAAUAAUAUACGAUGUUACCAGUAGUUUCUGAAAAAUAGUGAAAAAAAUGUGUAAAACUUUUUGUUCUUCAACGCCCUGUAUCGUGAAAACGCAUGCCGUUACAUAAAUUAUUUAGUAAGCAAACCCCAAUUAUUUUUUAAUUUUUCACCUAUCGUAGAGAUCGUGUUACCUUUUUCUGAAACACUUUGUAUAAGAAGGCACUUAUGGAAUAAAAUUAUUUCUGUCCUUGUUUUAAAUCAUUUUAAAAAACGCUGGGACUUGUAGAUAUUCAUAUAUAAAAAUGUGUGCUUUUUAAACAUAAAUUUAAAUGUACAAGGUGAUUCAUGCAAGCCUAUCGUAGUCCAUUAUCUUUAAUUUUAAUUAAAUACCCUGUAUAUUUUUGUUUUUAGAAGCUGCUUAACAACCUCAUCUCAAAAAUGUGUAUUAUGUAGGGUCUAUUAUGAAUAAUGCAAGGUGAAAUUUUGAAAUUAUGUAUAAUUUUCGUCAAGAUGUUAAUCACAUAAAACUUUGAAAUUAAUAAUUCAGGAAUCACACUUUAAAUAAGGGUAUUAUUUUUUAAAAUAUCUAUCACUUUUCUAAACUAAGUAUCAAUAUAGUGGGUUUUGUAUUUAAUGCUUUUUAGUUAGACAUUUUUAAAUAAUUUGAAAAUUUGCGUAUUUAAAACAUUAAUGAAUACCUACCUACUGCUGAAAACGAUACUGCAUGUUAUGGACUUAAUUAUCCAUUUCAUUUUUACCAAAAUAUAAAGUACCUACCUAUCUAUUCAUCAGAUAAACCCAUAAAUAACUCCGAGGGAACAGUUCCGGAUAUUGGAAACAUAAUAUGACACAUGGUCUUUUGAAAACAAAACAAUUCUCAACGAAAGAAUCUCUUGUUAUCUUAGGUUAGGCAUUUGACAUCAUUUUUACAUGAUUUUACCCUGAAAAUCCUAUGUCGCUAACUUUACCAUCAAAUAUAAUUUAGGUAGGUGAAGUGAAACGAAAGAAGAUUAUGCGCUGUUGGAUGUUGGGCUUUGGGUUGUAUAAUAUGAAUGAGAAAUGGUUUAUAUUUGAGCAAUGAAUUUUUUUCAGAGUUUUCGGUUGAUUUUAUACAGUUUUCAGUAGAUAAGUAGAUUGGAGUUCAAAUCAGUAGGUUUUAUACAGUUUUCAGUAGAUCGGAGUUCAAAACGGUAUGUCCACUGAAAAAUCAGUAGACAAAUCAUAAUACAAUUCAGGGGUCUAUGUAAAACAAAAGAAAUUAUGUAGUUUUUUUUAUUUAAAUUAAAAAAGAAUGUUACGUAACGCGCUGUUCGAACCCCCCUCCCCCAUGUAACGCGCCGUAACGUUUUACAAAACCACCCCACCCCCCAAACUGCGUUACGUAAUACUUGAACGCUCCCUAUUAAAGAAACUGGUUAAUAGUCUUUCAGAGAAAAAUGCCAAAUUAGAGUUUAAAAAAUAUUUUUCAUUUCAGCAAUAUAUUUUUCCAACAAUACAAACUUUAUAUUUAUUUGUAUAUGUUACUUUACACCUUAGACACUUUUUACCUGUUUCUAUUGACCCUACAAAUGUACGAAUAGGAACACAAUAGUUUUUAAUACAAGUGUUCCCAUUCACCCCACUUGGUGGGGUGAAUAGGAACACCAGGUUUUGAUUUUUUGUGAUUAAAGUAUUAACUUUUUAAUUUAUUAACAUCUAAAUAUCAAAAGAGGAAGGUAAGACCCAAAUAACAAUGCAUAAGUUUUAUGUUUGCAAUAUGUGUUAGUGACAUUUUUUUCAGUUGAAAGUUGAAAACCGUUCCUAUUCGCCCCAUUUUACGGUACUUCAAAUGUAGCUGUAAUUCUGCGCCAAAAGCUUAAAGCAAACUAACACUUUACAUUCUAUUUUUUUGAUAGUCAAAUUUUAUAAUAUAAUCUGUGAUCGGUGCAGUAGCCACUUUCUGUCAGUUGCUGUUACUUGGAGUAAAUUUCCGAUUUAUUUCGUAUGCUUUAAAUGACACACGGGUAAAGAGGCAUGGACUCAACUUUACCUAUUGGAAGCCACAAAAAAGGCCAAACGUUAAAACUAGAAUAUAUAUAUUUUUAUUACAUAGUAUUCUUAAGCAAAACAGUAUUUACCAUUUUUUAUUAGAGAUUUUGAUUCCAAAGAUGGUUCCUCUAGUAAAACCAAACGUCCCACAACCUUGGUACUUCCAUAUUGCUUGUAAUACUCAAAAGUUGAUAUAUGCUAUUUUAUAUGUUACAAAAGAGAGUUAAACUUCAAACAAAAGUAAUCAUUCCUGAUUUUUUAUUUUUAAAGUAUUUAUUUAUAUGUGUAUGGUUAUACAAAAUAUUUUAUUUUUUAUUAAUGUUUAUUUAUACAGUUUUUAGCAAUAAAAAGUAACAUUUUCAACACUUUAUCUAAUUUAGUGAAUUGGAAAAUAAAAUUUUCUAUGAGAAA